AUGGCCCUCAACGAAUCAAUUUCUGGGAGACUAAAAGCCACCAUUCCGGCGGGCAUGGUCUGUCAUCCAGAGCAACCUGUCUUUGACAAUGUGUCCUGCAGGACUGUUCAAGAACAGUGGACAAAUUCUUCCUGGCACGCCAAUGACCCGAGUUCUUCCGCUUAUAAUGACGAUGCCUGCUUGCCUAAUGUUUCUGCACCGUGCUCAACAAAUGGAUAUCCGGCGUACGUGAUCGAGGCCACAAACAGACUCGAUGUUCAAAGAGGCGUGGAUUUCGCCAAAAGUACUGGCGUACGCUUGAUAGUGAAAGGCACUGGACAUGACUUUUUGGGAAGGUCAUCUGGACCUGGCUCGCUAUCAAUCUGGACGCAUGGCAUACGGGGCGUCAAAGUCAACAUGCAUGACUUUCGUGCACGCCGUUACGGGGGUGAUGCUUCCGUCAAGAUAGCUGCUGGAAUGCGCUGGUUUGAGAUAUACAACGAAGCGGCAAAGUACAAUCUGACCAUAGUUGGUGGUAGUGAUAUGAAUGUUGGCAUUGGAGGAUGGAUUUUAGGUGGAGGGCAUGGGUCAGUAUCUAGCCGAUACGGCUUAGGUGCAGACCAGAUCCUAGAGAUGGAGGUCAUCACCGCAGGUGGGCAAUAUCAUAUCAUUAAUGAGCGUUGCGAGAAUGACCUCUUUUGGGCGAUGAGAGGCGGAGGUGGCUCGACUUUCGCUAUUCUUCUGUCUGUCACGAUGAAGGCGUACCCUUCGAUAAGCGGCACUGAAUAUGCCUUCGACUUCAAUACCACAGCUGAUUCGGACACAUUUUGGUCUUUGGCGCCAUACUUCCAUUCACAAAUUCCUUCCCUGUCGGAGUCAGGUGCUAUGGGAGAGUAUAUGUUGACCGCUAACGGUACUCCGUCUGGAUAUGCGGAUCAGCUCCCAGGAGGUCUGUCAGCGUCCGCAGCAGUUGGACGGCUUGUGGGCAAGCUCAGAUUCCCUGGACAGACUCGUGAACAGGUCAAAGGGAUUAUGGGACCCGUUGAAGCUGCUAUUCGCACAUCUGAUUGGUCCGUGGACAAUGUUCUUACAAGUGGAUCUGUGAGCCGUAUUUCCGACUUCACCACAUCCAUUUUGGGUGGGAAUGUCCAGGCCGUCGGUAUUGAUGGCAGACUCGGGUCAUGGCUCUUAGAUGAACCAGCUCUAAAGGGAAACUUCAAAAUGUUGAAAAGAGCACUGCGAACAUCAUCUCCUCAGCCUUUCCCAAUGCUGGGCUAUUUGGUAGCAGGGCCAGGAGUCCGAAAAGCGCAAAUUCCUGGUGGUGGCAAUGCUGUUAACCCUGCGUGGCGGAGGGCAUACGCACAUGUGGUCCUGGUCCGCGUUUGGCCUGCUCUUAACGACACGGCCAAAGGUGUGCUUGUGCGGUCACUCCGCGAAGAGGCAGUACCAGCUCUCAAGGAGAUCGCUCCGGCAUCUGGGGCUUACUUGAAUGAAGCCGAUCCCACCAACUCGGAUUGGCAGAAAGACUUCUAUGGCGAGAAUUACCCACGAUUGUUAGACAUUAAAAAGAAAUGGGACCCAGAGGGUGUUUUCUGGUGCAAACCAUGCGUUGGACAUGAUCUGUGGGAGGUCAAGAAGGAGAACGACGACAGUGACCCUGUGGAGUGGGGGAUUGGGCAGGGACCUGUCCCAUAUGGCUUGUAA